UAAAAGAUGUCAUUCUUGCUAUUUUUCUUCAAGUUCUUGAGGAGGAAACUUCAACCUCCGAAAUCAUUGGUGUUUAGUUUUGUAAAUAGAGAUCUUGAAAUGAUAGAAUUAGAACAUGAGCAGUGGAGUCCACAAAAUGCACCACAUGGCGUAGUAACGAACCAUAUCAGCACGUCCAGAAGCAUAGAUUAUAGAGAAGCAGACCAUGGAGAGGUAGAGCGUGGUAACGACCGCCCUCCUACUUUCGCAACAAAUCAUUCACCCGGACAAGAAAUUGCGAAAGUCGCCUACCGGAAAGAACAAACUCUAGACGAAAGCGGGGGAGAAGAUGUGUGGAGAAGCAACCUCCGAGAAUUAAUUUUCCGAAUUCAACUUGAGCACCAUGAUAAACUGAUCCCUUAUAUGUAUCUCUACAAACUAAUAAAGAUGAAUGAGGGUUAAUACCUUUUUGGGUAUGAAAAAUUUGUUGGUGUAACUUUAUUGUUAUAUGAGGUUGUACCGUGUGAUUUAAGUAUUGUACUAGAUUUGUACGGUUUACUUUUGGGAACAAACGAUUCAUAUUUUUCCGUUAGUACAACCUUAAAGUAACUCAUUACUUUACUGGCCUUAUCCUUCAAUAGAUUAAGGUUAAUUAUCCGCAAUUCAUCCUAAUAGACCUCUUUAAUUAAAUGUUAUUACAGAAUUCUUUUCACAUCAUCCCAUUAUGUUUGAAUGUUGCAAAGAUGAAAUGGUGGGAUUUGAGUGAUUGUUCAAGGCAUCUUAUGAGAUUACGAA